AUGAGCCAGCUUCCUCCGAAGAGUCCUUUGGCAUCCCCGGUGUCAGAGGGCACGAAUUCCAGGGUAGAGUCUUUGGACAACUUGUCAAUGGACAGUUUUUGGCUGGAAGUAGAGAACAUUAAACAGAGUGCUGAAGCCGAGCAAGAGGAAUGCAGCCUUGCAGAUGUCAAAACACAAGAGGAAGGAGAAGCUGAAGCCGAGUGGCUCCAGGACGCUGGUCUGUCCGACCUGCUCGGGGACUGUGCCUCGGAGAACGACAACAUCGUGCUGCUCUCCACCCUGACCAAGACCCAGGCGGCCGCUGUGCAGCGGCGGUUGGAUACCUACUCCCGAUCUCGGAGGAGGAAGAACAAGCAUCCUGUGCGUGAUGUCCGAGAUAUUUUUGGAGUGGUCAGCUCUGAGGAGACAGCAGCAGAGAAAGAGUCCAGCCCAGAUCAGUUGUGGCACAAUCUACGAACUUCAAAUGCACAGAAAUCAGAAACCCAGGAUUACUCCUGCACGGUUCGAAACCCUGGAAAAGAGGAGGUGUUCAACAUGGAUAUUGCCUACUCAGAGCAAGCAGCUGUGCUGCUCAAGGGAUCGUUCCUGUCUGAAUCUAGGAGGUUAAAGGAUGGAAAUGCCCUAACUAAAUUUAAGAUCCCCAAAGGUAGACUAGGAGUGACCAGGAUUGGAGAUCUCUCUGCUCAGGACAUGAAGAAGAUCCCCACACUGGCCCUUAUUGAACUAACAGCUCUCUGUGAUGUUCUGGGCUUUGAGCUGAAGAGAAACAAGGCAGCAAAACUGAAAACAGCAGAGAAAAGACUCUUUGGAGUUCCACUCAACACCUUGUUGGAAAAUGACCAAAAACUGCUCCCCAGCACCAAAGUCCCUCUGUUACUCCAGGCACUGCUAUCCUGCUUGGAAAAGAGAGGACUUGAAACAGAGGGCAUUUUGAGAGUUUCUGGGUCCCAGACCAGAAUCAAGAGUCUGGAACAGAAGCUAGAAAGGGACUUCUAUACCGGCCUUUUCCGCUGGGAUGAAGUCCACCAGAAUGAUGUCUCUGGGCUACUAAAAAGGUUCAUAAGAGAGCUGCCGGCCCCGCUGCUGACAGCAGAGUACCUCCCCGCUUUUGCUGCUGUGCAAAAUAUUCCAGACCUGAAGCAAAGAUUGCAGGCUCUAAACCUCCUCAUCCUGAUUCUGCCAGAGCCCAACAGAAACACUCUGAAGGCUCUACUUGAAUUCCUCAGCAAAGUGGUUGCCAGGGAGAACAACAACAAAAUGAACCUCUGGAACGUUUCCACAGUCAUGGCCCCAAACCUCUUCAUGCACAAGGGGCUGCCAAACAAGAUCCCCGAAGGGAAGGAGAAACAGCUGGCAGAGGGGGCUGCUGAUGUUGUGCGGAUGAUGAUCCAUUAUCAGGAUCUGCUCUGGACAGUCUCCUCUUUUCUCGUAGCUCAAGUGAGAAAACUGAAUGAGAGCAAUAGCAAAAGGUACCAGUUCUGCGACAAGCGAAUUAAAAACUUGUUGCGGAAGAUUCAUGCUGAUAAAGACAAAGUGGAAAAGAACCAGGCAGAGCCUUCCAAGAUUGUGAAAGUCCACGCUUCCCUUCUCCUGAAGGAUUCACUCGAGGUGCAUUUGAACAAUGCCACCAGAGUUGCUGAUGUCUUGAGGCAGUUCCAAAAGAACCUGUGCCAGAAUGGUUGGAAUAUUGUUAACACUGUCAACUUCCUCAAGUGCAACAACUCAAUGGAGUGCACAAACUUGCUCCUGUAUGAAGUGGGAGGCAAUAUUGGUGAACGUUGCCUGGACCCAGACACUUACCUCUUAGACUUGUACCACAUCAAUCCCCAUGCUGAGUGGAUAAUUAAACAAAACCCAUCUUAUCCUCGGAUGUUCUAAGGAAAGCAGGAGCAAAACAAAGUGUUCGGUGGAAGUUUUUGGAAGGCAUGGAAAAGCUAUAGAGAUGUUCCUGGUAUAG